UGCGUCCGCUCGCGUUUUCUCACGCGCAGUCAAUGGAGUCGCUGCCUGUUUCUGGAAUUACUGACAUUUAUGAAUACUCAUUAAUAGAUCGGUUCAUAAUAAUCAAUCUCAAUGGUUUAUAAUCAGAUUUCAGCCGUUGUUUAAUGACAGUAAGACGCUCGUGUGCGUUUAGCGCGGCGUUAAGAUUCCCUGCGGCCUGACGAUUAAAUCUCUAUUAUUGAAAUAUUGAAAUAUUGCCAUAAUUUCGUUUUCAGGUAUUAAUUAAAGUGUGUGGACUCAUGUAAAUAUGGCAGAAGAGGGAGCGGUUGUGGUGCAGCAGAUUGUGGACAGGAGUUGUUGGGUGUGUUUUGCCACAGAUGAGGAUGACCGUACGGCGGAGUGGGUGCGUCCGUGCCGCUGCCGUGGUUCCACUAAAUGGGUUCAUCAGUCGUGUCUUCAGCGCUGGGUUGAUGAGAAACAGAGGGGCAACAGCACCGCACGUGUCGCCUGCCCACAAUGCAAUGCUGAAUACCUUAUCGUGUUCCCUAAGCUUGGGCCGGUGGUGUAUGUGCUGGAUCUGGCAGACAGGUUGAUCUCGAAGGCCUGUCCGUUUGCUGCUGCUGGUAUCAUGGUGGGAUCUAUUUACUGGACGGCCGUCACAUACGGCGCUGUGACAGUCAUGCAGGUUGUGGGUCAUAAGGAAGGUCUGGAUGUGAUGGAACGAGCCGAUCCUCUCUUCUUGUUGAUUGGUCUGCCAACCAUCCCAGUUAUGCUAAUUCUAGGGAAGAUGAUUCGCUGGGAGGAUUAUGUGCUCCGCCUCUGGAGGAAAUACUCCAAUAAGCUUCAGAUCCUCAACAGUAUUUUCCCAGGUAUCGGCUGCCCAGUGCCGAGGAUCCCGGCGGAGGCCAGUCCGCUGGCCGAUCACGUGUCUGCCACACGCAUCCUGUGCGGCGCCCUCGUGUUCCCCACCAUCGCCACCAUCGUGGGUAAACUGAUGUUCAGCAGCGUCAACUCAAAUCUUCAGAGGACCAUCCUGGGUGGCAUUGCAUUUGUGGCUAUUAAAGGGGCGUUUAAGGUUUAUUUCAAGCAGCAGCAGUAUCUCCGACAAGCUCAUCGCAAGAUCCUCAAUUUCCCUGAGACGGAGGAGGCCUGAGCUCAUCAUCAGACCUCUGCUGGAUUCCAUGAUUUCACUCAGCUUUGAGAGACACUACCGGACUUUCACAGACGCUGGAUUUGGUUUUCUCUUCUUCCUUGGGAAUGUGACUACUGCGUUUGAACGGUGAUUCAGCUUUGUUUCAGUUGAUCUAAUCAGACCUGAGAGUUGCGCGUUACUUAUUUUAUGAGCUUUGACAUUUUAAGAAAGAGACUGAGGAAAACAAAUAUUGAAAGAAGGUUUUAUAUUAAUAAGUGGUUGUUUUAUAUUGAAUUAGAAAUGUUCAGGUGAAUCAUCUUUAAAGCAUCCUUAACAUGCAAAAGACGACGUGCCGUUUCACAUGAAGCACUUUUGUCCACUCAUUAACAAUUAGACUUGCAUAUGCAAUGAUAAAUACUAAAGGCAAAUGUAAACAUCUAAAGCUUUUAUUUUCCUUGAAUAAUCUUAUAAAAUAAUCUUUUUUGUGGUUGUUCUUCUCGGAUGAAUUUCACAAAGAAAUGUCCCCAUUUCCUGUUAUAUUUCACACCAAAGUCAAAAGAAAUCAAUUGUUUUGCAUAUAAAAAAGGCAAGUCUGGGCACAAUUAUUUUUGUUUCAGUUUAGUACGUAUCAUGUAUACUAUUAAAAUGAUACUUUACAAAUAGCUCUAAUUGAACAUUUGUUUUUUAGCAUUUAAUCAUGGAAAUCAUUUCACAAAUCAAAAAAGUCCCAUUGCUUUUUUUUAAUGCGAUAUUUGAAAUUUUUUUUUUUUUAUGUCAAUUUUGGGAUGAAAUAUGACCGCUUCUGUGAAAUUCACCAUCUUGCCUGCGUUCACAUAAUUUAAGCGAUCAGCUGAUCAUGUUUCAUUUCCAUCUUUGUGCUGUUGAUGUCUUGAGGUUCAGGGAAUUUGUCUUUUAUAGUCUGUCUGUUAAGGACUCUUGUACAAACCGAGAAUCCAGUGUUUGGUCCUUAAUCCAUCACUUUAUUAAAACAUUAUGGUACUUGAUGACUCAUAACUGCUGUUAAUAAACCGGUCUCAUUAUAUAUUCCCAGAGAUAAAUAGUCUUGUGUAGAACAGUGAACUUUAAGAGUAUUAGUGGCCUUUUUAUUACACCAGGACAAUAUAUGUGUCUUAAAGGUUACAUGGUUCAGAUGGACAGCUAGGUUUAUUUGGUGAACAUGCCAAUUGUUUUCUGAAUCAUUGCGUUUGAUUAAUGUAGUGCUUCUGUUUUAUCGCCAGCCAUUAGCAACUGUGAAGUUUCCAACCAUUACUACACUACAGUGGGCAGUGAGAGGCUUGUGCAAUUAAUUAAACUUCACACCUAAUUAGCUUUUGGAGUUCUAUUUGUCCAUAGAGCUCAAGUACAUCAUUACAGCUUCUUGAAGAUGGGCGUAACCCUGAAAGAACAUGCUUAAUGGUGACGUAGGUGCUAAGAAAUAGUGUUUAUGUACACCAACUGCGAGACUAGAAGUAGCAGAUGAGUUUUUCUGUUGCCUAAAUAGGAUUUUAAAUUCUGACUUUCUUUUCAGCAUCUAAUUGUGCUGUAUAAUAUCAGUGGGGUAUGCAUGUUGUACAGAUGAAGCAUAAUGCCAAAUACAGAACAUGUAUGUUGUACAGAUGUGGCUUCUGAAUUGAUAGUUUCCUGGUUGGUUUAUGUAAAUAAAUUUAUUUUUUCAA